CGUUCAUGUGAAUGGAGAAGAGAAGAGGAAGUCAAAGAGGAAGAGAAGGAGGAAGUACAUGUGGCUCAAUCUGAGUCUCAACCACUCGGCAAGGACCAGAAGGACGAGGAAGUAUCGGAAAAGAUGGAAACGGUUCCUGCGUCAGAAACACAAAAUCAGUCAGAAGCUUUAGAGUCCAUGAAAUCCAUCAGGGUACAGCCACUGAAUCCAAACCAGCGGAGGAGGCAGCAGAUUCAGAAGCACAGCAGGAGGCGGUACCAUGCUCUGCUCCUCCUGCUGCUCCUACAGAGAGGACGACACCAGUAAAACUCCAGAUCCACCAGGAGGAUCUGAGGAGAGUUCAACACCUGAGAUGGCACAAGAAACUGAAGAACACAACGCUGUGGUGAACAGUGAGACGGAGAAGAACAAGGAUGAUGAAGAGCAUCCAGAAGAAACCAAUGGUGAUACUCAGAAAGGCUUUGGCCCGCCCACAAACCCUCCUCCACCACCAAAAGCACAGAACAGCCCACGGCAGGACACAGGUCUGACUGGGGGAAUGGGUGAGGAAAAUGGAGAGGGGCCAUUUUUCCAGACCACAACUCCUGCCAAACCCCCUGCAGCGGCCAGCGAGGAGGAAGAGGAGGAGGAACUGAGCUUGAAGGGGCAUCCUCCACCUGCCCCGCUGUUCGGUGACGACGACGAAGACGAUGAUCUGGACUGGCUAAACUGACAAGCAACCACAGUAGUCUGGUUUUUUAAAAUUGUCAACACUAAAGAGGAAUGUGGUGCUUUCCCAUCUGUCUGCGAGGAGAAGCUCAUUCUGAUGAACUGAAGGAAAAGUCAAACAGUUGAACAACUUCUCUGCGGUUUCACAUUGACUGAGCUGCUGCCACAGCUUCACAGAGAACAAAACUACAAUCCCUGGCUUUUAUUCCGGUUCAAUAAACAAACCUGUAAUUCACAGAAACUGCUUUUCUUUAAUUGUGUCAUAUGUGUUGUUGAUACGAUUUAAUACCCAUCUUUUUACACAGCACUGUAGCAGAUUAUUUAGUUGGAUCAGCAGUUUUACCCUGUUGUUGUCUGUGGUUUCAGACUGUAUCAUGAAAUGGUUUUUAAUUAUUAGCUUGCUGCUUUAAAAAUAACUUUUACACAGUUUUGCUGAAAUGACAUUCAUUCCUGAAAAUAAAUGAGAUGAACUUGUG